AUGCCAAAUCAAAAAUCAUAUAUUACCCAUAAAGAAACAGAUGAGUUAGAAACCAUUGAAGAAGGAGGAAGUUCUGUUUCUAAGGAACCUGAACCUACCCUAGAAGAAUUAAGAGAAAGGUUAGAAAAGAAAAGGAUACUAGAGGAGUUGGCUAAGAAAGGCACUAAGCAAACUAGGGAGCAUGAUGAAAGUAUUAUCGGGGUGAGGCAGGAGGAAUUUAUGGAGGUGGAGGGGCGAUUGGUGCCUACCGAGCCAGAAGCAAAGGCAGAAGAAGUAGUGAAGGGUGAAUACAAUGCGGGAGUGGGUUAUAUUAUGGAGGAUAAAGAAAAGUUUAGGAGCGCCUUUGUCUUUUGGUUCAUAGGUGGAGGAAUGGUGGAAGUAACUGUUUUUGGUGAUACAAAAAUAUACACCGAGUUUAAAGACAAGUUAAAGACUUUUUUCCAAAGAUGGAGAAAGCAAGCAGCGGUAAAAGUGGUUAUAAAAAAAGAGAAAGAUAUUAAAGAACCAAGAAUGAUAAGUCCUAAAACAUGGCAAAAAUUAAAGCAAAAACAGGCUGAAUUAGACCAAAUUAUUGUUGAAAAAAGCCCCACUGAUUUAAAAUGA